AUGAAAUACAUAAUUUUCAUUAUUUUAUGUUGUAAUAUACUUGCCCAAAGCCAAGUUAUUAAUUUUGAACCAUUUUUAUCUGGUGAAUGUUAUGGUGUACCUUCUGGAAUUGGGUACUCUGUACAAGCUUAUCAAUGUAUAAAUAAUAUUGGAAGUUUUUUCAAUGUUGGUCAAUAUGAUUAUCAAUCAUGGUUUUUCGGUAUUACAACAGAACCAAAUGGUGGGUUCACUAUUUAUGCAAAUAGUUAUGAACAAGAGAAUUGUACAGGUGAAAUAGGUGCUACAUUUGAUUUUGGAAAUGGAGACUCUUGCACAACAACAGAAUUAUUUGUUUCAAUCAAUGCAACCUUUGAUAAAGUUUAUAACUUAAGUUCAUUAUACUCAUAUGUAACCAUUUCAAAAUAUCCGCACUAUACAGAUAAUUCAGUUGUAUAUGAAGUUUUUUCAACUGACUCACCUGGAUCAUCAUCUGGUUCAUCAUCUGGUUCGUCAUCUGGUUCAUCAUCUGGUUCAUCAUCAGGUUCAUCAUCUGGAUCAUCAUCUGGUUCAUCAUCUGGUUCACCAUCCGGAUCAUCAUCAUCAUCUUCAUCAUCCAAAUGUAAAAACUAUGAACACUUCUUGUAUGCAGCCUUUGUUACAGAUGGAUUAGAAAUUGAUUAUAAAUCAUAUAAAUCACCAUCUGGUUUAAAAGAGACAUAUAAUUGUGACAAAGGUAUUCCAAUUAUUAAUUAUUGUGCCCCAAAUAAAAAAUGUUAUAAUAAACAUAUCGAAACAACUUGCAACUCUAAAGUAUCCCCUUCAACAUAUACAAAUAUUUUUUGUUCAAAGUAA